AUGUUUGGUAAAGACAAAGAAGAUAAUUUCUCAAUAGACAACUACGAAUUCCUUCCAGGAACAGUUCACUUAGUAGAUGUUACACACUCCCUUAAUGUCAGAAAAAAUGGAAACGACGGUGAUGGGGACAUUAUAUUACAUCCACAACCAACAUCAAACCCCAAUGAUCCAUUAAAUUGGUCAACACGUAAACGUACUUUUCAAUUUGGUAUAAUUUGGUUUUGGGGGUUUAUGGUAGCUGGUUCUUUAAAUUUUAUGACACCAUUAUAUUCAAGUUGGAUAUCUAGUUAUGGUAUAACUUUGAAUCAAUUAUUGAUUUCGUCCGCUUUAGGGUAUUUAUUUUUGGGAGUUGGUGUUACUUUAGUUCAACCAACGGGGUUGAAAUUAGGUAAACAAUUUGUAUAUAAUUGUUGUACUGUUAUUGCUAUAAUAUCAUGUGGAUUUGGGUCUAAGACUAGUAAUAUAAGUUACAUAUAUGCGUACAAGGCAUUGAUUGGUAUUGCUGCUGCACCAUGUGAUUCAUUAGUUGAAGUUAGUUCUACUGAUAUUUUCUUCCAACAUGAACGAUCAACUGCUAUCUCGUGGUUAUUAAUGGCUUUAUAUGGUGGUACUGAUUUGUUUCCUGUUGCUGCUGGGUAUGUUGCUGAUUCAUUACCUUGGACUUGGUGUUAUUAUAUUCAAAUUUUUAUUUAUGGUGGGUUGUUUUUGGUUCAAUUGUUUUUCAUGGAGGAUACUACUUUCAGACGUGGUAACCAGGCUGAAGCUGAAUUGGAAGAAGGCAUAUUAAACCAAAUUAAGUCUUAUGAAACUAUACAAGAACAAAGAAUUAACUCAAGAAUUGAAACUGAUGAGAAGAAACCAACAGAUUCAGAAGAGAUAGACGUACAAUCAGUAUCCAACAGUGGGGAAGACAUUCCAAAAAAGACAUACUUGCAAAAACGUAAUUGGAUCCAUACAGAAUAUAACGAUGUGAGAAGCUGGAUACAAAUCUUCAUAAGACCAUUUUAUCUUAUUACAUUCCCAGCAGUAGUAUGGAGUGGAUUAAUCUAUGGAGGACAAAUGUGUUGGCUUUCCCUUUUGAUAAAUUUAUCAUCGAGUAUCUAUUCCAAACCACCUUAUAAUUUCAGUGAUGGAGUUGUUGGAUUGACGAGUUUAGGUAUAUUUGUUGGAAACGUUGUUGGUAUGUUUUAUGGUGGAACUUUUGUUGAUUGGUUAAGUAUCAAAUUAGCUACUAGAAAUCAUGGUAUAUUAGAACCAGAACAUAGAUUACAAGCUAUGCUUGUACCAACAGUUUUAAAUGCUGCUGGAAUAUUAGCAUUCGGAUUAAGUGCUCAUUACGGAGCAUCUUACUGGGUCAGUAUAAUCAUUGGAAUGGGAUUCAUGGGAUUUGCAAUGACUUCUUCAGGUACGAUAUGUGUUGUUUAUGCAGUCGAUAGUUAUGAAAAAUUAGCUAGUGAAUCGAUUGUAUUGAUGUUAUUUAUUAGAAAUAUGAUUGGGAUGGCUUUUACUUUUGGUAUUGGACCAUGGAUUGAUGAACAAGGAAUUUUUAAAACUACUUGGGUUAUGUUUGGAUUAUCUAUAUUUAUCAAUGGUUCUUAUUUGGUUAUGAUUAAGUAUGGAAAGGCAUGUAGACGUUGGACUAGGGAGAGAUAUGAGAGAGUUACUCAAGAGCAAUAUUUCAAUUUAUCAGCCUCACCAGAAUUUCAACUUUAUAUUAACCUUUAUCCGCUUUCACUUCAAUUUCAACAUUUACCUACUACUUUUCUUUCAAUUUCAACAAUGAGUGAAAUGCAUCCACAGUCAUUAUUUAUCCUAGGUUCAACAGGUCUAGUUGGAACACAAGUCACCAAAUACGCCCUUUUAUCAAAACAUUUUAAUAAAGUGGUUACAUUAACUAGAUCAGUUCCAGAUUUCGCCACUCCAGAAAAUUCUCCCAAAUUAGAUUCAAUAGUCAAUAAAACCACAGAAGAAUGGGGUUCAGUUAUUGAAAAAUUACCAGAACAUCCCAAAGCAUAUAUUUCUUCAUUUGGUACAACUAGAGCAAAAGCUGGUAGUGCUGAAAAUUUUAAAAAAAUCGAUUAUGGUAUAAAUUAUGAAUGUGCAAAAGCUGCUAAAUCUAAUGGUGCAACUACUUGUGUUUUAGUAAGUGCAAUGGGAGCAGAUGCUAAAUCUCCAUUUUUAUAUAUGAAAACAAAAGGAGAACUUGAAGAUGCUAUUAAGGCUCUUGAUUUCCAAUAUACUAUUAUAUUAAGACCUGGUGUAUUAAUUGGUGAUAGGAAAGAUAAUCAUGGGUUUGGAAAUUCGUUAGCUAUGACUGUGGGAAGAUGGACUAAAGGUACUUGGUUUUCACCUUUAACCAGAGCUAUUGAUGCUAGUGAUGUUGGUAAGAUUGCUAUUGAUUUUGCUGAGAGAGGGUUGAAGGGUGAUUUGAGGGAGAGUGUUUUGAUUGUUGGUGGUGCUGAAUUAGUUGAAUUAGUUGAAGAUUUAAAAGUAGUUUAA